CACUGAAGGAGCAGUUUGCUCCCAUCUGAACAUAUGUCUGCGCCUCGGGCCUCAGGUCCCAGGAGCUAGUGCUGGGGUCCGAGCUCUCUCCCGCCAGGUGCCCUGUGCAGCUGCUGUGGUUGCUGUUCCCGACCCUCCCCUGCCCGGGGGCUCUAUGCCCACGACCCUGAACCCGGACCCUGGCUCAGGACGUGAGCGCGUGGGCAUCGUGGGUGGGUGCGAUGUCUCAGCCAGCAAGUAUCCAUGGCAGGUCAGCCUGAGGUUCUACAAUAUAAAGCAUCACCUGUGGCAGCACGAAUGUGGGGGCUCCCUCAUCCACCCCCAGUGGGUGCUGACCGCUGCUCACUGUGUGGAACCGGAGGACUUGGAGCCCUGUGGCUUCAGGGUACAAGUCGGGCAGCUGAGCUAUGACCACGACCAGCUGCACGAGGUGGCUCAGAUCAUCCGCCACCCCAAGUUCAACUACAGCCUGUUUGCUGAGGGGGGCUCGGACAUCGCGCUGCUGAAACUGGAGGCCCCUGUGUCGCUCUCGGAGCACGUCAGCCCUGUCACCCUCCCGUCUGCUGCACUUUGAGUUCACCCGGGGACAAUGUGCUGGGUCACCAGCUGGGGUGACGUUACAGACAAUUCGCUGUUGCCCCCGCCCUACCAGAUGCAGGAGGUGGCUGUCCCCAGUGAGGGGAAUGGGGUCUGUAACGGGCAGUUCCAGAACUUCUCUUCAAAUGACAAUGACCCAGCCAUCAAGGAUGAGGUGCUAUGUGCCAGGAGCGAGGGCAGGAACUUCUGCAGGGGUGACUCUGGGGGCCCCCUGGUGUGCAGCUGGAAUUGCACCUGGGUCCAGGUAGGGGUCGUGAGCUGGGGCCGGCCGUGUGGUUGUGAUGAGUUCCCUGGGGUGUAUGCCGGAGUGACGAGCUAUGUCCCCUGGAUCCGGCAGUACGUCCCUGUGUUCUCCAGACCCUAGAUGGGG